UCCCGGAGCGCUGGGCGCAGCUCGCUGUCACCGCGCACCCAGAGAGCAUGGGGAAGCUAGUGGCGCUGACCCUGCUGGGGGCCAGCCUGGCCUUAAUCGGGGAGAGGUUACUGGAGUUUAGAGAAAGAAUGAAUGCUUCUCGAGAAGUGGAGUCAGUAGAACCCCAGAACUGCCACCUUAUUGAGGGACUUGAAAAUGGCUCUGAAGAUAUUGAUAUACUUCCUAGUGGGCUGGCUUUUAUCUCCAGUGGAUUAAAAUAUCCAGGCAUACCAAACUUUGCACCAGAUGAGCCAGGAAAAAUCUUCUUGAUGGAUCUGAAUGAGCAAAACCCAAGGGCACAAGCACUAAAAAUCAGUGAUGGAUUUGACAAAGAAUUAUUUAAUCCACAUGGGAUCAGUAUUUUCAUCGACAAAGACCAUACUGUGUAUCUUUAUGUUGUGAAUCAUCCCCACAUGAAGUCCACUGUGGAGAUAUUUAAAUUUGAGGAACAAGAACGUUCUCUCGUAUACCUGAAAACUAUAGAACACGAACUUCUCACAAGUGUGAAUGACAUUGUGGUUCUCGGACCAGAACAGUUCUAUGCCACCAGAGAUCACUAUUUUACCAACUUCUUCUUGAUACUUUUUGAGAUGAUUUUGGACCUUCGCUGGAGUUCCAUUCUCUUCCACAGCCCAAUAGGGGUCAAAGUGGUGGCCAAAGGAUUUAGUUCUGCCAAUGGGAUCACAGUAUCACCAGACCAGAAGUACGUCUAUGUGGCUGAUGUGGCGGCUAAGAGCAUUCACAUAAUGGAAAAACAUGAUAACUUGGAUUUAACUCAGCUGAAGGUAAUACCGUUGGGCACCCUUGUGGAUAACUUAACUGUCGAUCCUGCCACGGGGGAUAUUUGGGCAGGAUGCCAUCCUAAUGCCAUGAAGCUGAUCAUCUAUAAUGCUGAGGAUCCUCCAGGGUCAGAAUUGCACUGGGCACAAACUACUAAUCAAGAGUCCCAUCCCGCAAAUAAAAGCAAGAAUUGGCAUGAUGAGACUGUACAAUGCCCUCCUUGAACUUGCAUUCUCCCACUGGACAGACACACAGGAAAACAGGUUCUGGGAAACCUGACAAAGAUGGGCCCCACUGGCUAACUUAGGGCAGGGCAGAGCUUAUCUGCUCAUCUGUGAUAGGUCUUUAUUUGUACUGAUGCCUGGAGCUAAAGUAUAGUCAGCCCUUCGUAUCUGUGGGCUCUGCAUCUGUGGAUUCAACUAACCAAAGAUCAAAAAUAU